AUGGUCGUGGCAAUUAAACUUGAAGAAGAUCAGCUACCAACGUUGAGAAGGUUGGAUGCUAGAGACGAAAGGAAGCUAAGCGACUCAGCGUUGGCAUCGGAUGCAGAGGUCUUCGGCGAUAAUCCGAAUCGAGAAAAGGCCAUUACCAAGGCAAUGGGAUGCUAUCCUGUUAUCAGAGAAGUGAUUUCUUACAUUGACCUGAACAGUCUCGACGCUCUCUCCUCUACAUGUCGUCAAGUGAGGGUUAAUCUCCUUCAAUAUCGCAAACAACUUAUCAAAUCCACCCUUCGCUGUGAAAAUGAGGUUGUGAUCUCCUGCAUCGAGCAUAGAUAUCACAACUAUCUUAUCGAGAGAGAAAAUAAUUCGCGGAAUCAAGGAGUGGGCAGAUGUGCCCGAGACUUUGUUGAUCAUUGUCGCCGUUGUGAUCGAGUCGUGUGCAGAAAUUGUGUGAUCAAGCCCCCUUCAUCAGCUCUACUACGCUGUCGACACCGUCGCAUGUGCUUAAUGUGUUCCCAGAUUGAUCUAUCUUCUCUGGUCAAUUCAAGGUCGGCCUCAUUCGGCCCGACUCUGUCGUAUAUCUGGCACCCAACAGUCAACCAAAGUGGUAAUUUCUCAAAGACUUACUUUUGUAGUUGUGUCAGUGAUCGAAUCUGGCUUUGCAAAGCUUGUGGCCGAUCAGUCUGCAGCGCCGAUCAAGAUUACGAGCGAAUUUGGAAAUGGUGCACUAGAUACCUUCCAUCGCUAGGGGCUAUAAACAAUAGUAUCGGGGAUGGAGGAUGUGGUGUUCCUUGUGGACUUGGUGAAAAUUGUGCGAAGGCAAGAGAAGUUGAAAUGGAAAUAGACUGCGAUGCAGAAGAUGCCAGAGAGAACAACCUUGACUACAUCUCAGGGAGAAACACUAGUCGUCGGUGCAGUGGUGGAAGCAGCCAGGUUGGACCUGGUUACAAAAGACAUGAAAUAGAAGGCAUUGGAGGCGUUAUGAAAAAGAAAUUAGUAAAGAUUGUAAGAGUUGGUGCUUCUGUCUCCGAGUGGAGGGAUGAUUCAGUUGUCGACAACUUCCUAGCAAAAGAACGAGACGGGAGUGCUCGAAGUUGGUGUGCUUGGUGUCGAAAGAUAAUUCCAAGCAUCGCUGAUCGAAAUCUUCAGCUCUCAACUCAGGAUUAA